UUUUGAACAAACAAAUCACUGAAUAGAGAAAACCCUAGCUUCUGCUUCCUCCAUUUCCCAUUCACCGAAAUGGCAUCGGCAGCCGCAAGACCCCUUGUCACUGUCCAAACCCUAGAAGGCGAUAUGGCCACCGAUUCACCAACAACUCUCCCCAUCCCUGACGUCAUGCGCGCCUCAAUCCGCCCCGACAUCGUCAACUUUGUCCACUCCAACAUCUCCAAAAACAGCCGCCAACCCUACGCCGUCAGCCGUAGUGCUGGUCACCAAACCUCCGCCGAAUCCUGGGGAACCGGUCGUGCCGUCUCCCGUAUCCCUCGUGUUCCCGGUGGUGGUACUCACCGUGCCGGUCAGGGUGCCUUCGGAAACAUGUGUCGUGGUGGUCGCAUGUUCGCUCCUACCAAGAUCUGGCGCCGCUGGCACCGUAAGAUCAACGUUAACCAAAAACGUUACGCCGUCGUUUCCGCCAUCGCCGCCUCCUCAAUUCCUUCUCUUGUCCUUGCUCGUGGCCACAGAAUCGAAACCGUUCCUGAACUUCCACUCGUCGUCGGUGAUUCCGCCGAAGGAGUUGAGAAAACAAAGGAGGCGAUCAAGGUUCUGAAACAGAUCGGAGCUUUUCCCGACGCUGAAAAGGCGAAGGACAGCCACGGUAUCCGUCCUGGAAAAGGUAAGAUGCGUAACCGUCGAUAUAUCUCUCGUAAAGGUCCUUUGAUUGUUUACGGUACUGAAGGAGCGAAAGCUGUGAAAGCUUUUAGAAACAUACCUGGUGUUGAAAUCACCAAUGUUGAAAGGUUGAAUGUUUUGAAACUUGCACCUGGUGGACAUUUGGGUAGGUUUGUUGUUUGGACUAAAUCUGCAUUUGAGAAGCUUGAUUCUAUUUAUGGGUCAUUUGAUAAGGGUUCUGAGAAGAAAAAAGGCUAUGUUUUACCUAGGGCGAAAAUGGUUAAUUCUGAUUUGACUAGGAUUAUUAAUUCUGAUGAAGUUCAAUCUGUUGUGAGACCUAUUAAGAAGGAUGUUAAGAGAGCUACUCUUAAGAAGAAUCCUCUUAAGAAUCUUAAUGUUAUGCUUAGACUUAAUCCUUAUGCUAAGACUGCUAAGAGGAUGGCUUUGCUUGCUGAGGCUGAUCGUGUUAAGGCUAAGAAGGAGAAGCUUGAUAAGAAGAGGAAGACAGUCUCUAAGGAGCAAGCUGCUGUCAUCAAGGCUGCAGGAAAAGCAUGGUACAACACCAUGGUUUCAGAUUCUGAUUAUACAGAAUUUGACAACUUCACCAAGUGGUUGGGUGUUUCACAGUAAUUUCCGUCGUUAUAUUUUCGUACUAGUUUUUUUAUUUUGUAUUGUUACCUGAAUUAAAAAAUUUUGGGUUUUUAUUGUUUUGCGAGUUGAGGCCAUCAAACAUUUUGUAGACAGUAUCGAAAUUUUGUUUGUCUUAUAUUUAGUGCAAACUGUUUGUCUUUUUAUUGCAGCCAAAUAAUCUAGUUUUUUUGUAUGUUUUUUGUUUUACACUUAGUAAACGCGACAUUCAUAUUUA